GCAUGACCACCACCACCAUCACCACCAUCACCCGCACGUGACCAACCAACCAACCAACCAACCAACCAACCAACCCCCUCCCGGCCAUGUCGAACGACGACGACGUCGAGACAUAUCUGCGCUCAUUGCCUGCCAUUCGCGAACGAUGCGCCAGCGUGUUCAAAUUGGCUGAACAAGGCAAGCUGGAUUGGUUCGAUUACCAGCCUGACAAGCUGCCCGACGUCGUGCGCUACUGCACAUCCAUCGUCAAGCGCGAUUAUCCGAACAUCGACAGCAUUCCACCGCACGGCAGGUGGAGGCACUUUGGAGAAGGGCGAAUCGCUGCUAUGCGAUCGCAGUGGAAUGCGCGUGCGCAUGCGCAUGCGCACGCCAAUGCCAAUGCCAAUGCCAAUGCCGAUACCCAUACAGAUUCGCCGGCGCUGGAAGAAGCUCGCUCGUUGGUGGAUCUGUUCAUCGUGUCGGUGUUGCUGGAUGCGGGUGCUGGUGCUGCUUGGGCAUACAAGGAGCCUGAUACGGGCGAGCGCGUUGGUAGAAGCGAAGGUUUGGCCAUCGCAUCCCUUCACCUCUUCAAGCGAGGCCUGUUUGGCGACGCAUCAUCCGUUCGAGCGCAAGCUCUGCAGCGCAUCACACCCGAACAGCUGGCACAAGGCAUGCAAGUGAGCCCGUCUAAUCCCAUGGACGGAUUGCAAGGCAGAGCAGGUCUGCUCAAGAACCUCGGAGAUACGCUGGCUAGCGAUCAGCACGGCAUCUUUGCUGCAGGUGGUGGUGGUGGUGGUGGUGGAGGUGGAGGUGGAGCAGACGAUGCUUCUCAUCGCAGACCCGGCUACCUGAUCGACUACCUCGCUUCGCACCCCAGCACCACGCGAGAUGAGCAGGGUCAGGUUCACAUCCAACUCUCGACGCUCUGGCAUGCCCUCAUCGUCGGCUUGGCACCCGUAUGGCCCACAGAAGGUCGUACGCACCUCAAAGGCAAGAGUCUGGGCGAUGCGUGGUCCUGUCACGCCUUGGCCCGAGAGCUGAACAUCGACCAGACCGACCCCGCUUGCGUCGUUCCAUUUCACAAGCUGACACAAUGGUUAUGCUACAGCAUCGUCGAGCCGCUGGAAAAAGUGCUGGGUUGGCAAGUGAUGGGCAAAGAGGCUCAGACUGGUCUGCCAGAAUACCGAAAUGGAGGUCUGCUGAUCGACCUGGGCGUGCUCGUACCUCGCCCAGCACUCUACGAUGCAGGCUCGUGCGAACCGGGAGGCGGCGGCGGAGGCAUACCCACGCUCAAACCUUCGCAUCAAGCAGUGAUCGAAUGGAGAAGCUUGACAGUCGUCCUGCUCGAUCGCAUCGCCGACGGUAUACGCCAUCAGCUGGGCUUGAGCAGCGAGCAGCUCAGACUGGCACAGGUGCUAGAGAGCGCUACGUGGAAAGGAGGAAGGGAAAUCGCAAAGCAGAAACGAGACGGCGCUCCUCCCAUCACCAUAGAUAGCGACGGCACCAUCUUUUGAAUCGCGCACGCUCGCUCGCUCGCUCGCUUCUCUUUCAUCGCAUGUAUUCGCCCCAUCGCAACGGCUGCGCUCCCUUUUCCCCCUCGCCCCGCCUCACCCAUCAAACUCGUCCAUCUUUCCGCGAAGAGCCUGUGCAUCUUCAUCUUCGCUAUCGAUCUCGAUCUGAGCGCCCUCUUGCGCAGCGCUCGUGCCCGUAUUGACCGCUUCGGGCCUAAAAGCCCCCUUGGGCUGUCCACCCGCCGCUCUUCUCUGCUCGCCCACUUUCAAAAUCGCGCUCUGCGGAAUGUUUCCGCGCGGAUUGAGAUAGUCGAAAUCCGGACCUUGAAAGACGUCCAGAUAAUUGAGCCACUUUGCGAAUUCCGAAGUC